AUGGCUGUCCCCACUGCCACAGCCUCGCCGGCUCCUGAGGAGCUCUGGCGGCACCCGAACCCUCAACAAACACCCAUGUUCCAGUUCCUGGAGACUGUCAACAAGAAGCAUGGGCUCAAGCUGACCAACUACCCUGACCUGCACCGCUGGUCCGUUGACAGCCUCGCCGACUUCUGGGCCGCCGUCUGGGACUAUGUUGGAAUCACGGCCUCGAAACCAUACGACACGGUCCUGCCGACUACGACCAUGUACCCACGGCCCGACUUCUUCCAGGGUGCCCGCCUCAACUUUGCCGAGAACAUGCUGUUCCCUGCCGGUGUCGAAGUGGACCCGUCUGCCACCGCUCUGAUCACAAUGACCGAAGCUUGGGACGCACUGGGCUCGGAAGAGAUGACAUGGGCCACGCUGCGCGACCGAGUCCGCCGAUGUGCUGCCCAAUUGCGUUCACCGGCCAUCGGAGUGCACGACGGUGAUGUCGUGGCAGGGUUCAUUGGUAACCAUGCCGAUGCUAUUGUCACCAUGCUCGCGGCCGCUUCCAUUGGUGCUGUCUGGACGUCCAUCAGCCCCGACAACGGCGUGAGCGCUGUGCUGGACCGUCUUGUGCGCGUCAAGCCCAAGGUUCUUUUUUCGGACCACGUUUCCAUGUACAACGGGAAGUUGUGGCCCAGCACAGACAAAACGCUGCAGAUUGUCGACGCUCUGAGCGACGGUGGACAUCUAAAGGCCGUGAUUAUUGUUGACUCCGUCAAGUACCCCGACCCCCAACCGACAGAGGCCAGCCUUGGCCUCGAAACUCUGCGGGGCAAGGUCGCUGUGGCGGAGGCGUACGGCACCUUCCUGGCGAGCGCGCCAGAUGAGCCGCUGCGCUUUGAGCCGCUGCCACCCUCGCACCCCCUGUACAUCCUCUACUCUAGUGGCACGACAGGCCUGCCGAAGGCCAUCAUCCACACAGCGCUGGGUACACUCAUCCAGCACAAGAAAGAGCUUGCCCUGCACUGUUCCAUAGGCCCCAAGUCGCGCAUGCUCUACUACACGACCACAUCCUGGAUGAUGUGGCACUGGAGCGUUGCGGCGCUGUCGGUCGGGGCUUCGUUGGUGCUGUACAUGGGCUCGCCUUUCCGGCCACAAGGUGAACUGUCGUUACCCAAGGUGCUGUCCGACAAGCGCGUGACACACUUCGGUACCUCUGCAGCGUAUCUCAUUGCACUUGAGUCGAAGCAGAUCAAGAUCUCCUCCGACCCCUCCAUUGACCUGUCUGCCCUCGAGGCUAUCUACUCGACCGCCUCGCCGCUGCCGCCGUCGACCUUCGCAUACGUGUACGAGACGUUCCCCAAGCGGGUCCACCUUGCCUCAAUUACGGGCGGCACAGACAUCAUUUCGUUGUUCGGCGCACCAUGCCCGCUCCUUCCAGUCACGGCGGGCGCGGUGCAGUGCGCCGGCCUCGGCAUGGCCAUUGCCGUCGCCGAUUCGGCAUCUGCCUCCGACGAUCCUAAGCUCGUUCCGGCCGGCGAAGAGGGCGAUCUCGUGUGCAUCAAGCCCUUCCCCUGCGAGCCCCUGACCUUUUACGACGGCGACGAAAAGUACCGCGACGCCUACUUUGAGCGCUUUCACGGCUGGUGGCACCACGGUGACUUUGUCCGCCUCGAAGGCGCCGACAACCAGUCGCUGGUCAUGCUGGGCCGGUCUGACGGCGUCCUCAAACCUUCGGGAGUGCGUUUUGGCAGUGCCGAGAUCUACAACAUCAUCACACGCUUCUUUGCCAGUGAGGUCGAGGACUCGCUGUGUGUCGGCCGGCGACGGGCCCAGGACACGGACGAGACGGUGUGCCUGUUCGUUAUCCCGACGUCAGGCGGUGUCACAUUCGAUGACCUCCGCAGCCGCAUCAAGACGACCAUACGGAAAGAGCUGAGUCCCCGGCACGUGCCCGGGGUCAUUGAGAAGUGCAGCGGCAUUCCGCGGACAAGCAAUGGCAAGAAGAUCGAGGUUGCCGUUAAGCAGAUUCUCUCCGGCAUGCAGGUCAAGACGAAUGCCAGCGUUGCCAACCCCGAGACCCUCGACUGGUUCCGUGCCUGGGCUAACUCGCACAGGUAA